CGCAGCAGCAGCAGCAUCUCCAGAGACUGAGAGUGUGGUUUUAGUCAAAUCACACACACACACACACACACACACACACACACACACACACACUAGACUAAACUCAACUCAACUAAAGCAGUUUCCAGACGGCUCAUGUCUUCACUCUGACUGGAGAGAGUGUGUGCGGGUGUUAAAGGAUGACACACACCUGUGCGGACGGACAGUUUAUGGACCGGCUGCUAUUAAAGUGUGUGUCCUGCAAUCUUCGCUGUCACGAGCCCCAGCCUCACAAACGCUGCUCUGAAUACUGCGUGGCGUGGAGAUGCAGAGCGGUGUCGGGUCAGUUUUACGAUGCGCUGCUGAAGAAAUGUCUGCGGUGUUCAGAUCUGUGCGGGACUCACACACCGGCCUGCGAACACAUCUGCAGCAACCCGGUGUCGGUGACCGGCGGAGGGCGCACUGUGAGCGGCUCACCGCUGCUGCUGUACGCGCUGCUCGGUGUGUGUGUGACGGUGCUCAUGUUCAGUCUGAGCGCUGCUGUGCUGAUGCUGCUGAUGAGGAGAAACAAACACACACAGACCACAGACGAGCACAAGCAACAGACAUCCGAAGAUUCCCUAAUGCCUGGCUCUGAUGAAGUGUCUCAGGAGGAGGGCAGCGUGCACCAUCAUCAUCAUCCUCAGGACCGGCCGCGGGCCACAGAGACCUGUGUGUACUGUUUCUCGGAGCACACGGCGAGACCCCACACGCUCCUCCAACAGGCUGGAGAUCAGGAUCCCGAGAGCGUCCCGAUCCCACAGGAUAAAUGCGGAGCGCUGCGGAUCAUCUGCUCUCCCUCACAAACCAGCCUUUAACACACUCAAACACACUCCUGAGGAAACCCAGAGGCAUGCAUGCUGUGUUGAACUCAGCACACAACACUUUUAAGGGCACUAGAUUAUAGUAGCUUACCUUCGGGGUGACGUUGGUAAAGUCUAGAAGGGAUACAGCUGCGGAUACUCAUCAAUAUUGAAUUAUUUAGUGACAGUGUUCAACAAUAAUUAAGAUUUUGGGGUUGGGUAGGGGUAGACGUUAAUAAAAUACAACUUAAUGUGC